AAAGGUGCAUCAUGAGGACAGCUCUCCAGCUGGGCUUCUGUGGCCUGUGUCUAACCUUGGCACUUCUUGGAAAAGGGAUGGGAGAUGAAAAUCUUGCUCCAGCACCAGUGAACUGUGCAUGGAGCCGCUGGUCAAUGUGGAGUCCUUGUGAUCCUUGCACAAGAACCAGAAGGCGGUCUCGAAGUGUGACUGUGUUUGGCCAGUUUGGAGGCGAGCCCUGCCGGGAUGCAAUUGGGUUUGCAGAGGCCUGUGUAGCAACUAGUGAUUGUCACACAACACAGCCCACCAGCUGCUCAGCCUCAGAGUUCCAGUGCGAUACAGGUUCUUGCAUUAAGAUGAUGUUAAAGUGCAAUGGGGACAUUGACUGCGAAGAUGGAUCAGAUGAGCAGAACUGUACACUUGGGCGUAGACCGUGUGGUUCUGCAUUCCUGGACAAUAAUGAGCAAGGCAGAACAGCAGGAUACGGAAUCAACAUCUUGGGCGCAGCUCCUCGAAUGAACCCCUUCUUCAAUGAUUACUUCAAUGGACAGUGUAAUCGAGUGCUGAAUCCAGACACUAAGCAGUAUGACAGAAUUCCCUGGAAUGUCGGUAGGCUCAACUAUGAGACCCUAGUGAAGGAAACUGUCUCUAGAGAGAUCUAUGAAAGCACACACAGCCUUGUGAGGGAACUGCUGAGAGAAAAUUCCUUUAAUCUUGAUGCUGGACUUUCCUUCAAAUUCACCCCAACUGAGGAGUCCAUGUCUAAGCUGACUACAAACCUUGAUAUUAGUGGAGGAUUCGGGAUAAAAACAAUGAUUAAGAAAGUCACCGAAGUCACCAACAUUCAGAACAGGAGCUACAUGAAGGUGAAGGGCACAGUACAGCUGAGCACCUACAGGAUGCGCUCCCGUGACCUCAAAGUAGCUGAUGAAUUCCUGUCGCAUAUCCAAAGUUUGCCUUUGGAGUAUGAGAAGGGUAUUUAUUUUGCCUUCAUCGAGGACUAUGGAACCCACUACACCAGAAACGGGAAGUCCGGCGGUGAAUAUGAGCUGGUCUAUGUUCUCAACCAUGAUGCCAUCAAGACAAGAAAUCUGACGGAGAGAAUGGUUCAAGAAUGUGUCAAAGUGGGCAUCGGAGUGUCUUUAAGUGGUACAGUAGAAGCAAGCGCUAACGUUAAACCUGAAUUUUGUGAUGACUUCACAAAUAAAGAAGAAGGUAACACUCAUGGAAAAGCAGUGGUGGACCAGGUGAUGACAUCAGUCAGAGGAGGUACAACACAUUCCGCCAGUGGUAUGAGGGCUCAAUUAAACAAGGAAGGAGUGAUGGACCUCCAAACGUAUCAGAAUUGGGCUCAGACCAUCGCUGACGCCCCUGCACUACUUAGUAGUGAGUCGGAGCCCAUCUAUAUGUUAGUUCCAUUGGAUAUGCCUGAUGCUAACACCAGGAUAUCCAACCUGAGGAAGGCCACAACAGACUACAUAGCAGAGUAUAAUGUGUGCAAGUGUAAGCCUUGUCAUAACGGAGGCACUCUUACUCUGGUGGACGGGAAGUGUUUGUGUCUGUGCCCUCUCCUGUAUGAUGGCUUGGCCUGCGAGAACUUCAAGGGUGAUAAAGCUAAAUACGGGGGUCAAAAACCUAUUGUCAAUCAGGAAGGUAACUGGUCAUGCUGGAGUGCCUGGAACAGCUGUAGUGGAGCGAAACGCACCAGGACACGCCAAUGCAACACAGACGGGAUCAGUGGAGCUCAGUGCAGAGGCGACACCAACCAUGAUGAAUACUGCUAAGCAGAAAGACGACCACGUAGCAAACAUAAUCUCUCUUUCUCGCUCCUCUCACUCACACACACACACACACACACACACACACACACACACACACACACGAUAAAAAUAUGUGUGAUAAAAACCAAAAAGAUUUAAAGUCAUCAGAACUUUUUGUAUUUACGCUUAGUUAGGAGAACAGUGUCAUCUUGAGGUUGGUACUAGACAAUACAGCUAAUAAAAUUCAUUUGAAAAAUUUUUUAA